AUGGCUGAUGACCAUGCAGCCAAAUCUAUAUCGUGUUACGGUGCCGGGAUCAACAGCACACCAAACCUCGAUCGCAUUGCAAACGAGGGAAUGCGUUUCGAUCAUUGCUAUGUCACCAACAGUAUCUGCACACCUUCUCGAGCCGCAAUUCUCUGCGGUACCCACAAUCACGUCAACGGAGUGAUGACGCUCGAUUCGAAGAUCAACAAGAGGCUGCCCAAUGUUGCCAAACAACUGAAGUCAGGACCUGCAGCCUACCAAACAGCAAUGGUGGGCAAGUGGCAUCUUGGCGAGGGCGAUGAUCACGAACCCACUGGCUUUGACUACUGGAGUGUUGUGCCUGGUCAAGGUGAAUACUGGGAUCCUCAGUUCAUCGAGCCCUCUGGAACGUCUCGAGUUCCCGGAUACGCGACCGACAUCAUCACGGAUAAAUGUAUAGACUGGAUGGAAAAGCGCGACAAGUCACGGCCAUUCUUUCUCAUGUGCCACCACAAAGCCCCGCACCGAUCUUGGGAGUAUGAUCAAAAACAUAAGGACCUCUACAAGGACCCUGUGCGUCUGCCUGAUACCUUCACCGAUGAUUACAAAAACCGUGCAAAUGCUGCGAAGGUGGCCAAGAUGAAAGUUGCAGAAGACUUGACCUACACAGACCUAGGCAUAGUACAACCAGAAGGUCCCAGAAGCCAGACCGGAGAGAAAAUGAUUGACAAGUGGUGGUGGAAUGAUCGGAAGAUCCCUGCGCCUGAAGAUGUCACUGGGUUGAGGCUCAUCUGUAAAGAGACGGCCCAAGUCUUCACCUUCAAGACUAAGCAAGAGCUCGCAGAGUGGAAGUUUCAACGUUACAUGCAGAGGUAUCUUCGUACCAUCCAAAGCAUUGAUGAUAAUGUUGGCCGUAUGCUUGACUGGCUUGAUAAAGAAGGUCUCGCGGAGGACACUAUCGUCGUCUACACAUCUGACCAAGGAUUCUUUCUUGGUGAGCAUGGUUGGUUUGACAAACGAUUCAUGUACGAAGAGAGCUUCCAAAUGCCUUUCAUGAUCCGUUACCCAAGAGAGAUCAAACCCAAGUCGGUAUGCGGUGAUAUUAUCUGCAACGUCGAUUUCGCACCUACGUUUUUGGACUUUGCAAACACGCGCAUCCCCACUUACAUGCAAGGUGUAUCUUUCCGGCCACUUGUCCAGGGCAAGACACCAUCAGAUUGGCAACAAGUCGCAUACCAUCGCUACUGGAUGCACCGAGACAUCAUACACGAGGCUUAUGCUCACUACGGUGUUCGUGAUCAGAGGUACAAGUUGAUCUACUGGUAUAAUGAGGGCUUUGGCCUUGAAGGUACAAGGGCUGGAGGCCAGGAAAGAGAGUGGGAGUUGUUUGACUGCCAGGAAGACCCACUGGAACUGUUCAAUUGUUAUAAAGACCCGCAAUAUGUUGAUGUUGUUCGACGGAUGACGCAGAUGCUAGAGGACAAAAUGGCCGAGAUUGGAGAUGAGGAUGUUCACAAAACGCUUGGCCCCUUGUGA